AAGUAUAUCGUUGCAAGUAUGUAUUAGAAUUAACUAGGCAAGCAAGCGGGUAGCUUAGGAGUAGGAAAUUACAGUCUUGGGGACCUUGACCAGACUAGCUUUGUUUCAGGAGCCUCUGUCAAACAAGAAGCUGCAAAUCGCAAACAAGGAACACAUUGGACACAAGCUUGCUCUCCAAGAGGUCCAGGUGGAGCGCAGCGAGCACUGGAGAGCGAGAGAGACUCGUGUGGGCGCAUACUGAACGUCAAGAGGCUCUUUCGCAACGCCCACUGGCUGAAUCUGAAACCUCUGUGGUCGAAGCAGAGUGUAACACGGCAUGAUUUAUAAUGCCGCUAUUACAAAUGCUAAGCGAUUUCUCUGCGUCAAGAAGCUCACGGCCAGCGACGGCUUUACCUGUAAAACUGUCAAGAUCCCACGGGCGGAGGCCCGCUUCUUCAUAGGGGAACUUCGGAACCGCCAAGCAACACCCCUGGUUCUUCUAGACGAGGCUGGCAAUAUCUGGGAGUUGCUAUGCCAGUGCGUUGGCGGGCAGUACGCGCUGGCACGGAUAGGCGCCUUUUGUGAAGCUCACGGGGUGCGGCCUGGUGCCUACUUCAUCUUCUACGCCGAUCAUGACCAUGUCGUGCGCCUGGCCGUGCGGCAGGAGCUGCCUGAUGACGUGCAGGCUGCCAUCGCCGCGGCGCGGGCGGCCAUGGCCGUGCGCAACAGCCCGCAGCGAUCGCCAGCAGCGCAGCCGGAGCGGGGGCUGCAGCUUCCAGAGCAGCAGCCAAACGUCGAAAUACCUGCGGCGGUGCCAGUGUUGGAGGACGCAGCGGGGCUGGAGGAGAUGCCGGCCGAUGAGGCGGUGCUGGUGGCGGCCGCCGGCUCUGACCCUGACCCGGGUCCCACGGUGGUUGUAGUGCCCGUUGUACCGGAUACACCACGUGCAAUGCCGCUGCAAGACCGCUCGAACACACCGGACCGCCAGGCUUAUGGCUGUGACUCCUCCAUCAAGCCCAAGGUGUCCGCACACAGCGGAAAGCCCGACACUCCCAGCCACAGCAGCUCCAGCUCUGGAGUGGUGGUCGUGCCCACAGGUCAGCAGGCAGUGCACGAUAAGGAGAACGAGCCCUUGGCAGCAGUCGCGACAUCAUCCGGCUGUGUCGUAGCGCAGCAACAGCAACCAGAGCAGCCGCCUCCGCCCGCAUGCAAUGCAGCGCAGCCUGCCAGACCACCAACGGUACCGGCCAGUCCUCCAGCGGCAACGCGCAUGCGGAUGCGCUUCGAGGCACGCCUCCGGGCACAGGCGGGCAAGCUGCACCCGCUCAGCGUGCGGACCGGUCCAGAGUCGCCCCCACCCAUGCCGCUGGGCUGGGGCAUAGGCUUCGGUUUGGGCUGGCCAUCGCUCCUCGCUGGUCCCUUUCCCCUGGGCCUGCCGCUCAUGCACCAGUCGUACAGCCAUAUGGCCAUGCAACAACACUGGCGCAGCGGUGCUCGCCUGUCGCCUGUGCUUGGCGCAGACCUUCCAGGCUCCCCUGCCGGUGCAGCUGCAGCAGCCUCUGCCGCCGCCGCCGAGUCUCCCCACUAUCAGCAACAAAUGGCCCCAUCUCACCCGCAGCAGCAGCAACAUAUCAUGUCGGAACUGGACUGCGGUGAGCACAUGGACUGGGACCCGAGUGAGCAGGCCCGGCGAUACCAGCAGGAGCAGCAGCAGCGUGAGGAGCUGGCCGCGGCGGUUCACCUGGGCAUGCCACCUAUUCGGACGCAACAUGGGCAGCAGCAGCAGGCACAAUUACGCUCUGCACUGCCACUACCCCAGUGGAUGCACGGUGGCAGCCCUGUGGCGGCGGCGCAGUCGCUGGCUCUGGCUCACCAGCUGCUGCUGCAUCAGCACCAGCAGCAGGUGCUGCGUGGGCUGGGCGCAGCGCCCGUGCUGCAGCAGCAAGGGCCCAUGCCGCCGGCCUUAGCAGGCCUGUCCUGCUACCAGCAGCUGUUGGCUUCGGCAAGUGCGUGCGCCGCCAGUACUGCAGCUACUAAAUCAAUAGACAACCCCGGCGGGGAAGAGCUGACACGGCACCUGGCGUCAGCGUCAGCGACCACAGCAUGCCCGGAGCUAGCGGCGCCCCGCAGCCAUCGCGCCUCGCCGUAUGCGCAACGCCAACAGCCGGGCGCUGUGGUGGGCAGCACAACACGGCAACUGGUGGCGGCGCAAGCGCUGCAGCGCCGGGAGCGGGGGCGCUUUCCUGGGGCCAGUGCAGUUCCAGACGAAACAUCCCCUCGAGGCGCAAGCGCUCACGCUUUUGCCAUGGACACCGAUGAUUCGGAAAACUGUGCACCCCAGCAGCAGCGACACAGCAAGGGGUUGUUGAUGCCUGGAGAGCCCCGGGUCGCAACCGAGCCGCCGCAGGGGUUGCCCAGCGCAAAGAGGCAGCGCCCGUUUGCGACCGCGAACGUGCCCACUACGGGCCCUCGAGGCAACGCGCCAUACCUACGGGCAGCGGAUGCCAUGCACUAGGAUGAUGUGGGUCUCCGGGCUCCUAGCGGAAUGCACAUGAUGAAGUGAGGCAUUUCGGAGGCCGGGGUGGCGAGGAGUGCCACCGUUGUGUGCAAACCACCGUCAGAGUCUGAUGUGGUCCUUGGGGAAAUGUGGCAUCCGCACGCUGUACACGUGGUUCUUGUAUGCGCUGCUCUGGUCCGGGCGUGCCGCUAAAGAGUGUGAACGGGCAAGCACUUGCAGCACAGGUUUCUGCGGCUUUACACACAUGGCAGCUCUUGUUGUUAUAUAGUGUUACGUAUCUUCGUGCGAAUUUGUGCAAAAAUAGUACUGGCAAUGAUCAAGGCUGAGUCACUCAAUUUCCGGUAGUGUUUUAUCGGGUUCCCCGGACGAACACAAGCGCGCGAUUUCGUUUGUAAUGUACUGUCGAUGAAGCAGCAAGCUUCAAUACAAAUUUUUUGAUGGGUGCGCGCGCCGUCGUUGCACGACAAGCUCGCUACGGGUAGCACUACUGGCUCUCAGAUUA